ACCUGAGCCCUAGGACCAUGCCCCAGGACUACCUGACAUGAUGACUCCUUGCUGUCCCCAGUCCAUCUGACCGUGCUGCUGCCUCCAGUUUCAACUGUUCUGCGAGCGGUUAGACCAGGUUAAGGUGAAGCUAGAUGAGGUGUUGACUGGUAAAGCAGGAGAAUACAGAGAACCACUGGCAACACUGCAACACAACAUGAUGCUAGGCACCCAGGUGGCAGGUGUGUACAGAGACCUGUGUCUGCAGAUGGUCAAACACAAGUAUGAGUGUGAUCUACAGGGAGCUCGACAACAUCUGGAGAGCGAGAGAAACUUGUUGUUCGAUGCUAUGAAGACAGAACUGCUGGACAAGAUCAGACGGCUGGAGGAGGAUAGUCAGAGUGGGGACCUCACCUCAGAGUGGUGGAGUGAUGGGGUAAAGGGGAGGAAGUGUAAUAGAAGGAGUUUGUCCGGUCCGGAGAAGAAGAAGAAAGCCCUAGUGUCUGGCCCAUUCAACGUCUACAUGUUGAGAGACAUUGAUAUCCUGGAAGACUGGGCAGCUAUACAGAAGGCUAAAGCAGCACUGAUGCCGUUCA